UUUACAACUCUGCUUGACUUUAAUGCUCACAGAAUUUUUUUUGUGGCAUUUAAUAGAAAACAUUAAAAUUUUGAGAAUUUUUAAGCGUUAAUUUAUAUAAAAUUAAGAAAAAAAUAGCAACAUGCCUGUAACCGAUGUAAGCAAUAUGAAGGUGGCCGAUCUAAAGCGUGAACUGAAAGUACGCGGACUUCCAAUAACUGGCAAUAAAAACGAAUUACAGGAACGUUUACAAGCGGCUAUGGAGGGUGAACCAUUACUGGAGGAUAGCUCAUUGGUAGGUGAAGAUAUAUUGGAUGAAGAGGAGGGUGUUUUAUCGGAUGAGGAAAAGAUUUUGGGUGCAGAUGAAAAUGAAUUAUUGAAGAGUCCCACCAGCACACCGACAACUAUAUUACCCAAAACUCUGGGCAGUGAAAAUAAAGACGCCGCUGCUUUAGAAGAUGAUAUACUAGAAUCGCCCACAACUACCACCAAAAAAAUCAUACUAAAGCGUAAGAGUUCUUUUAACAGUGGCGGCACUACAUUGGAGACAAAUGCCAGCACGACCAAAGAAAAUACUGAACCCUCUCCAGCCAAAGCAGUAAAAAUGAGUGAACGCAAUCCCAUUACUAUGGGCGAGGACAAGAAGCUUGACAAUGAACAAGCUGGCGUCACCAAAAAAGUAAAAGAAUUGACCAUGCAGGAGAGAUUAGAACUAAGAGCUAAAAAGUUUGGCCUUGAAACCAAAACACCAACAAUAACGGCCAAGGAAAAGAAUGCCGCCAUUUCUGUGGCCCCCGUGGUAAGUAGCGAAAAACAAGUAGAAUUAUUAAAAAAGAGAGCAGAACGUUUUGGUUGUGUGACCUCAACGAAUCUGGCCAAGUUGGAUGCAGAAGAACGAUUACUUAAACGUAAGCAACGUUUUGGCGGUGAAGUAGAUUCUGCCACAAAAGCCAAAGUAGCUGAAAACAACACCAUCACCACCACCGGCACUGCAACAUCAAACGAAAACGAUGAGUGGGCUGAAAAAGCCCGUAAACGUUUGGAACGUUUCAAGGGUAGUUCAACAACGCCUACAGAGUCUGCUGCUGCUGUAGUAACAGCAUCAGCUACACCAGCCCCCGCUGCGGCUGCUACUAGCACUUAAACAAAUCAAUAUAUUUUGUAAUUUUCUUUUUUUUUUUCUUAAUAAAUUACCUCAAUGGAAACACGUUCAAUAUUUUCCAUUAGGGUUUGAAGAGAAUGAUUUAUUUUUUUUAUAUAUAUAUAUAUACCCAUGUAUAUUAUUUACCUAUAUGUAUGUAAAAGAUGAUGCUAUGAACAAAAAUUAACAUGUUUCAUACUCAUUAAUACUAAAAAUUAUUAUUUUUUAAAUGUAUUUUUUUCUAAUUUGAAUAAAGGACAAAAAUCUUAUAAAUUUAA